AUGUCCCUGCCUGCGGACCCUGGUUCGCCACGCGCGGCGGAUCCAGCCGCAGACACUGGCCUGGCGGGCGGGUUUGAGGCGCUCUGGGAGUCGGGCACACCACUGCCUGUGAUCUCUUGCCAGUCGCGCUUCGACACUCUGCUCAACGGGUUUGCAGCCCGCCUGACUGUGAAGGAGCUGCAGGCCCUGCAGCUGCAGCUCAAGGAGCAGAUCGAUUACGUAAUCAGCGACAAAACCCUCGGCCUGGGCGACGAGCUCCUCCCCGCUACGCCUGUUGCCGGCAGCGGCGCCGGGAGCAAGGCGGCGGCCUCCUCAGAAGGCAGCAGCGGCGACCACCCUCCACGCAGGCAGCUGCCGGAACAGCUCGAUGCGCCGUGGGGCCUCGACGCCAUAGAUCAGAGCAGCCUGCCGCUUAACGGCAAGUAUGACUACGAAAACAUGGGCACCGGCGUCCACGUUUAUGUCCUCGACACGGGCGUCCGCCCCACCCACCGCGAGUUCUUGUUCCCGCGGCCGGAUGGCAGCGCCGACCCCGCCGCCGUCGGCCCAAGCGGCAAGCCCAGGACGCGCGUGACCGGCGGAUUUGACGCCGUGUCCGACAGCGGCAGCGUUGCGGACUGCCACGGCCACGGCAGCCAUGUCGCAGCCAUUGUGGGCGGCCUGACGUAUGGGGUCGCAAAGAACGUCUCAAUUCACCCCGUGAGGGUAUUGGACUGCAACGGGCGCGCCAUGGUGUCGACGCUGCUCAAGGGCCUGGAAUGGGUGGCGGCCAACCACGAGGUCCCCGGUGUGGUGCACAUGAGCGUGGAGGGCUCCUACAGCUCCGUGGUCAACAGGGCCGUUGAUCAGCUGGUCCGCAACCACAACCUGCACGUGGUGGUGUCCGCGGGCAACAGCGCCCGCGACGCCUGCUUGGCUUCCCCGGGCAGCACGCCGAGCGCAGUCACGGUUGCGGCCAUAGACAGCAACCUGGCGCGCUGGGCCUUCUCCAACUGGGGUGCCUGCGUGGACGUGUUUGCGCCAGGGGCAAGCAUCCUGUCCGCUGUCCCUGAGAGCGACACCAGCGUGGGCCUCAAGACCGGCACCUCCAUGGCCGCACCCUUUGUGACCGGCGUCGUCGCGCUCUACAUUGAGCGCCACCCGGGCGCCUCCACCGCGGAGGUCGUCCAAAAGGUCUACGCCAGCGCCCUGCGGGGGGCGGUGACCGACGACCCCCUCGGCUACGGCACCCUCUUCCCCUCGGAGGGCUCCGGCCUGCCCGACCUCAGUGCCACCCCCAACCGCCUCCUGCAGUCCCGCAUCGUGGAGCAGGCCGCGGUGGAGCCGGGCGUGCUGUCCGUGACGCCGUCGGACGCAGAGCCGCGGCCGGUCGCAGUGCGGCUGCUGGCGCGGCCGGCGGCGGCGGUGACGGUUUCAGCGAGCGCGGGCGUCGCGUGGGACGGCGCGCCGCUGGCGGACGUGCGGCCGGCGGCGGUGACGCUUGCGCCGGGCGACUGGGACGCAGGGGGCGGCGCGGCGGCGGCGGCGUUCACGGUCCACCCGCGGGCAGUCAGCGAGGGCGUCUAUUUCAUCCAGUUCACCUUCAAGAGUGACGACCCCGCGCUCGACGGCGCACUGUACACGGCGCGCGUCGACGACACGCGCCCCCUCACCGGCGAGGCCGCGUCCAGCCCGCGUGUGGUGGGGGCGCUGCCGUUCAGCGACAAGGGGGACACGUCAAAGUUUCGGGACAACUACAGCUGCCAGGCGCAGGACGCUGCACCGGACGUCGUCUACGCCCUCAUGCCUGCCACAAACAUGCAGGCACGUUGCGUGACCAUCAGCACCUGCGGCUCAUCCUUCGACACGAAGCUGAUCCUGGCCACAGACCUGGCCAACCUGGGAACAUACCUCUGCAACGAUGACGACCGCUCCUGCUCCUACAGCUCCUCCAACUCGCGCCUUGACGCCUCCCUCAAGGCCGGCACCACGCACUACGUUGUCGUGGACGGCUACUACCAUGCCUCAGGAGAGUACGCCGUCUCAAUAACCUGCAACGACUGCCGCGACGGCAACGCCACCCUCAUCACACCUGAAAACGCCGUGGCCGAUGUCCAGGCAGUUUCCGCGGGCGCCGACGGCGGCUCCACGCUGCGCCCUGGGGACGGUGCAGCGUCGCCUGCCGCUGCAGCAUCAGCCGGCAGGCGUCGGCGUCUGGCGAGCCACACUUUGGGGGCCAACUUGCCAGAAGACCCUCUCUCUCAGGGCCGAGGCUCCUGCGCUGGGGGUGUCACUGCUGACGGCACUGGUGACGGCAGCACCCUUGCAACCAACAACGGCAUCAUCGACAGCAGCGGGGGCGAAGCGAGUCAGGCGUUCUCGGCAACCGGCAGGGGCGCGUGGGCCCAGCAGGGAGGGCCGGGAGGCUGCAGCGCAGGCAGCGCCCUCACGACGCAGGGCGCGCAGCAUGGCGUCGACACGCCGGCUGUAUUUGCUGUGGACGCCCAAGACACCGCCGCCGGGGGCGCUGGCGCCGGCGCCGCCGGCGGCAUUCGCAAUGAAACCUUGCCCUGA